AUGGAAGGACCCUUUGACAACCCCCCAAACAUCACCACGCUGGAAACAUACGCGAUUAUAUAUGCCAUACACGAAGCUUCUCUGCUCACUGAACACAAUAACGCCAACAUUAAUCUCUACACCGACUCAGCCCAAGCACUUCGCAACAUGCAACACAGGUUAUUGGAGCCACAUUUACAUGAUAUCCUAAUGGACGCCUACACCCGCAACAACAACAUCAGAGUCACCCUGCGCUGGAUACCUGGCCACGCGGGUAUUGAGGGAAAUGAGCUGGCACAUCAACUCGCCCGCGAGAUCAACUUCCGGGCUCCCUCGAUCCCCUGGCCAAACCCAACGUCAGCGGACGACGCCGCAACUUACAAAAAGCAAAUAACUGAACACUACAAAAACAUUAGGGAAAACCGUACCACCCUUCCCAAACCACGCCCCUCACUUAGCACCGAACAAGCACACAUUCUCCGCGAGGUACAAACCAACACUCUCCUCACCCCGCUAAUGCUCUAA